AUGGAUUCCGACGAGGCUCCUCCGCCAUACUCCGCCGUCGAUCCCUUGCUCGCACCGACGGUCAAUAAUAGAGAUAACAAUGCGUCGGCAGAAACGGCUCGUACCUUUCUCCGCCUUCGCGGAGGUGAAGCGUCGUUGAGCGAUAUCGCGUCCAGAGAUGGCUCGGCAGCUUCCGUUGAUGGUUCCUCAGCGGCGUCUUUCGCCCUCCCAGCCAACUUCGCAUCCGCUACGGCCUACUUCAUAGAGCGACCUCCAACUCAUUUUGACGAGGAACGGCCUGCUCUCUCGCACCUUCUCACCAUCUACCCGCGGAGCCAGUCUAAAGACUUCCCCCGUCGUCCUCGGUGUUGGAGCCCUCGGACGGCGGAGAUCACCCAGCAGGACUGGGACAUGUUUCUGAAAUAUCUGUUUCCUCCGCACCUGGGCCUUGCGGCAUCGUCCGCUCACUUACCUCGGCAGCUGAGAGCCGAGAUACAGAGAGAUCGAAAAGAUCGCCCGCAAGAGACAGAUGAGCAACGCCAACUGCGAAUCGCAGCUGUGAUUGAGGAAUGGAACGAAUGCUUUUUUGGACCUCGUGCAACUCGCAUCGAAUUCAUUUAUGUGACGGAAUCUGAGAACGCGCCUGUCUCUCCAUUGUGUCCUCGUUGUUACCCGGCCGCGACUAAGGCAUCGCGGGCGAACCGGUCAACGCAGGCACAAGAGGCUGGUGAAAAUUCCGCAUCCGUCCCCGCGGGCAUGCUGCCAACGGUCGCAGGGCAACCGACCGCACCGCCAGCAAGCGUAGCAUACGCAACUGGGGUGUACCCGUACCCAAAUCCGCAGAUGCCUCCUGCCCCCUACCCACCGUAUGGUCCUCCUGCCUUUUUCCCCCCUGGUAUAGUUCCUAACACCCCUCCUCCUCCUCCUCUCGCAUACCCUUACCCUCCUCAACCGCCUUCACAAUAUCAGCAGCCUUCCUCAUGGGGCUGGAACAAUCGUCCGUACGGUCCGCAGUAUCAGUACUCAAGCACCUCCAAAGCUGGUCCUUUUGGCUGGUUAUCAUCGCUGGCGUCGCAUGCGCAGAAGUACAGUGAGCGCAUUACGGAGCAAGCGCAACAUUAUGGAAGGCAGGUUGAAGAGCAAGCCAUGGCUCAUGGACGCUGGAUAGAGGAGCAGGCCGGACUUCGCAGUCGAAAGCUCGAGGAUGUUUUUAGCGGUCUGUCCAGCCCUCCUCGUGUGGAGUAUGCUGCCAACAACCCACAAGCUCAAGGCUAUUGCACCAAUGGCUAUGGCUACCAGCCAGUCAAUGUGGUGUCAACUCAACCCGUGACCACACCGGUCACCCAGCCUGCUCGUAGAACAUCAGUCGGCUCUGUUUCAUCCGAGUCAUCUUUCUCAUCGAUCGAUUCGAUAUCGACGACGUCUGACCUCAGUUCGUCCGAUUUGGCGACUGUUCGAGCACAGCUUCAAUCUCUUAACAACCAUCACGACCGCGAGCUGUACGAAGCGGCAGUUGGUCUUCGGCGUCAGCUCGAUGUUUUGCGCGAAUCCCGCCGCCAAUCUCGCAUUUCUGGAAGAGGCCGUUGGAGAAAUGGAUGGGGGCACGAUGGGCAGCAAGGGCUCGGCCGUGGCGGCUGGGGCCGGUGGGAGUCACCACAGGAGCAGCAGCGGAGCUCUGCUGAGAGACGUGCCCUGAAGGAGGAGGUGAGAGCCACCAAGAAAGCAUUCAAGGAUGUGUUCCGUCGUGCAAGGGAUGAACAACGGGAACGACGGAGGAUCAAGCGUAACCGCUGGCGUCAGGAACGACGGUCCCGCCAAACAUCAAGGGAGAACGAGCAUCCUCCCGAAACUCCUCUGGAGCAGCGGCUGCAGAAUUUGGAACUGAGCAAUAGCCAGGAGAGGGGGACAAUGGUUCGUAUAGGCGCACCGUGUGCGUCCCCACGGCAAUCUUUGAGUUCUGAGGCCAGUGGGAUUAGCUCAAUAAACACACCAAGCACUGGGUCCGAUGGCGGCAGUCGCGCAAAUUCCAGUGUUCGCAGAGGAGAAGCACCGACAAGGGUGAAGACAGAGGAAAGCAAAGACGGGCAGAAACAAGGCGAGACGCUAAAAGGAAAUAGUAGUUCUCCGUCGAAGAAAGACAAAGGUUCUGGCUCGAACGAUGCAUCGUGA